CCCUCCAUUCAGACAGGCACCCGGAAGCUGCACAGAGAACAGAUUCUCAACCGCAGCAAGAGGCAGACAGAGUGAAGGUUCAAACAGACCCUCAGAGGGCAGGAGCUGUGAGAGAGGGAGACGGAGGGAGGGAGAAGGACGGGAGAGAGAGAGAGGGAAGGAGGGAGCAAGAGUUAGGUAAAGAGAGAGGGAGAAAGUGGGGAGAGAGAGUGAGAGAGAGAGAGAGGGAGACAGCUGUUAGAGAGUGGGGGAGAGUAGGAGGGAGAGCAAGAGAGAAAGGGCAAGUGAAUGUAACAAGGGGAAAGGAGAGGGAGAAGCAGCCAGGAAGAAGGUAAUGUGAAAGAGGAGUAAGGCGAGGUGAUAAAGUGAUAGUGUGAAAGAGGAGUGUACAGCAGACGGGUGAGUGAGUGUGUAGACAGAUGAAGCUCGCACUGAGGAUGGUGAUGACCCUGACGGCAGUGAGCAGUGUCUGGGAGAUUUCAGUACAGACCACAGCACCAAGUCCCAGUCCAGAGUCCCAGGGAGACCAGCACAAGGAGAUUGUGGCAUGGCUGUCCAGAUUUGGUUACCUCCCUCCUCAGGACCAGGUGUCGGGGCAGUCACGGACUUGGGAAGCAGUGAGCUCUGCGAUUCAGUCGAUGCAGGAAUUCGCCGGGAUCCGUGUCACUGGGAUCCUGGAUGAAGCCACGUGGAAUCUAACCCGAAUCCCAAGGUGCUCGAUCCCAGACCGUGAAGCAGCAGCACCAGGACGAUUCCGCAGAAAUACCGUCUCAGUGUGGACAAAGAGAAAUCUCUCCUGGAGGAUCCAGAGCUAUCCCCGGGACUCUGUGUUACCACGGGAGACGAUCCGAGCAGUGAUGUUCUACAGCCUCAAGGUCUGGGCAGGAGUGAUCCCACUGCGGUUCCAUGAGGUGGAGGGCCAGCGAGCGGACAUUCAGAUAGCAUUCCAUACGGGGGAGCAUGGCGACAGUUACCCCUUUGAUGGCACAGGCCAUAUGGUGGCACACGCCUUCCUGCCUGGGAACAACGUCAUGGCCGGCACGGUACACUUUGAUGGAGCGGAGACCUGGGCAUUCCGGUCUCACGUUGACCUUGGCACUGACCUAUUCACAGUGGCUCUUCAUGAAUUUGGCCAUGCCCUCGGCCUCUCGCACUCAGCGUCCCGUCACUCCAUCAUGUGCCCCUACUACCAGGGUCCUGUUGGGGACCCCCUGCAUUACCGCCUGGAGGCUGUCGAUCAGUUGGAGGUGCAGCGUCUCUAUGGUCCCAGGGAGCAGCUGGAAGACGGCGGUCCGGAGGGGUUUAGCCUGACACCAUUGCCCCCCGAGUCUGGGGGCGACGGCCCAUCUCUCAGCAGAGGCAGAGGCGACCUCCCCGAUCGCUGUCAGACCUCCUUCGAUGCUUCAGCUCAGAUCCGGGGCGAGACGUUCUUCUUCAAAGGCCGUUUUUUCUGGCGUCUCAGUCUCUCUGGACACCUGACUUCCUUACGGCCUACUCGCAUCAGCCGCUUCUGGUGGGGUUUCCCGAGCAACCUGGAACACGUAGACGCUGUGUAUGAGCGGCAGUCUGACCACAAGAUCAUCUUCUUCAGAGGUGCCCAGUACUGGCUCUUUCAGGAUAAUGUGUUACAGGAGGGGUACCCCCGACCCAUAUCCGACUUUGGGCUCUCCGUCAGUGGGAUCGACGCAGUCUUCUCUGGGAAUUUUGAUGGGAAAACCUAUUUCUUCAGGAAUGGCUUCAUGUGGAUUUACGAUGAGAGGGAAGAGAAACUGGAUCCCAACUCCCCCUCGGAAUUCCGCCCCUGGGCUGAGAUCCCUCAAAGGAUUGACAGUGCCCUGAGCUGGAAGGAUGGAGCUGUGUAUUUUCUCCGUGCUCAGGAAUGCUGGCGAUAUGAAAUGGGAGGAAGCCUCCUCACACCAGAAUACCCUUGUCCCUUCGCUGACCUCUGGCUGGGCUGUGAGGGGAUGGGAAAGGGACAGAGUGUCCGGGAGCAGGCACGGCCUCCACAGGCAGGCUCUGUGCUCCAUGAUUCAGGGGAGCAUGUGGAGAAUGUGGCUGUCUGUGAAUGUGGGAGUGGAGGCCAGAGACUGGGCAACAGAGGCCUGGUCCUGGUCCUGCAGGCCGCUGUGUUCCUGGAGCUGUCAGACAGCAUCGCCACGUGGACAGUGCUCCACACAUAACUGGCAGGGCAGGCUCCUCUCCCCCCAUGGCCUCUCUCCCCCCGACGUCACCUUCCCUCUCUCCAUGCCCUCUCUCCCCUCCGCUGUCACCUUGCCUCUCCCCCCGACGUCACCCUCCCUGUCCCCUCCUAGAGAGCUCUUGCUCUCCUCAAUCACCCUCUCCUCCCCCGCUCACAUGCACUCAUCCACUCACCCUGACCAGCUGUGGGAUCUUGCUGUGCCCCAUGACCAAGGAGACUGUAGCACAAGACAGAAACAGGAUGAGGGUGCCACGCUGGAAGGGGCCAGGCCGUGCUUUGCUGAUACACCCAUCUGACUGACAGGAAUCAGGUCCUCCAUCGGGGUGGUUGGGGUGGGGAGGGGUGGGGGGUGGUGUCCUCCUAAAUCCUGAUUGGGGCUGUUAGCCUGGUCCAAUCAUGGAGCCCUGGCUGACAGAUGUAAACAGGUUCUAUUGGCUGAGAGCUGGCCCUGAGGGAGCUGGAUCAGUGUCGAUGACUCUCCAUGUGCAAAUAAAGGGGGAACUUGGUGACAGGGUACCAGCCUCAGUGCAGUUAUUUCAGCCACAUUGUCCCGAAACUUUUCUGAGUGUGUGGGAUUAAAUGGGAAUAUCUUCCAAAGUCAAGCAGCUGUGGAAUGUUCGAACGAUAAACACAACCCCAUCGUUUCGGCACGGCACGGAUUCAUUCGGCCAGUAAACUAUAUCUGAUCGCUCUGAUCUUCGUCCAGAAAUUCCCACAUUCACACUGGUUUACCGUCAUUUAGUACUACAGCACGGAUAGGGGCAGCACGGGGCUAGAUACAGAGUAAAGCUCCCUCCACACUGUCCCCCAUCAAACCCUCCCAGAGAGAGGGACAGCAUGGGGUUAGAUACAGAGUAAAGCUCCCUUUACACUGUCCCCUAUCAAACCCUCCCAGGGACAGCAUGGAGUAAGAUGCAGAGUAAAGCUCCCUCUACACUGUCCCCAAUCAAACAGGCAGAAAUUCACCAAAAGAUCCUUAGGCGGCACCCUCCACAUGGUUGAAGGAAAUACUUCUCCCCCACCUUCUCAAGGGACAACUAGAAACAGUCAAUAAACGCUGUGCCCU